AUGUACUAAUAGAUUUGAGAGAAUAUAACUGUUAUUUGAUUAAGAUUCACUUCCUUUCUCAUACCUUACGUUUUGUUGUACUCUUAAGUAAGUCACAAAGCUUCUUGCGUGCAGCAAGUCACAGGUGUGUGUGAAGUCUUGACAUGACAACAAACCCAGCUGCCACCCCUGUCCCAGUGGAGGAUGUACAGGGGGAUAGACGAUGGAUGGAUAUGCAUGAGCACUAUGUGAGAGAGGCUCACGAGAAGGAACCUGAGGUUUUGUUUGUGGGUGAUUCCCUUAUACUGCAGCUGGCACAUACACAGAUAUGGACGGAGAAAUUUGAACCAAUGCACUGCCUUAACUUUGCCUGCGGCGGAGACGCCACUCAACAUGUUCUCUGGAGGCUACAGAACGGUGAACUGAAAAAUAUUGCACCAAAGGCUGUGGUGUUUCUUGCGGGGACUAACAAUCAUGGCCACACAGCAGAGCAGGUUGCUGGGGGCAUUGAGGCCUGCGUGAGGACCAUCGUACAACAACAACCACAGGCCAAGAUUUUGGUUUUGACUAUACCACCACGGGGGCACCAGCCCAACCCCCUACGUGUGAAGAAUGAGGAGGUGAACCAAAGAAUCGCCUCCCUUCUCCAGUCUUUCCCCAGUGUACAGUUGGUGGAUGUGUGUCAGGGCCUCCUGCAGUCAGAUGGGACCAUCAACCACAACGACAUGUACGACUAUCUGCACCUGACCAGUUCUGGUUAUGCCAAGUUCUGUGAACCCCUAUAUUGUGCCUUGGCUGAGAUCUUAAAAAUGCAAGAUGCAACUGCACUGGCGAUGGAUGCUGCAGACAACUUAGUGGAGACUCCGGACUGAUGAUACCCAGGAUUGUUUCUCUUAUGAUGAUCAUUUCAUCUCACUGUGGAAAGAUGGGAAAGCUAAAGUCCACAAGUCACAGAUAUGGGCUUAGUGGGUGAUGGGCCUCACUAACUUGUAUUUAUAACGUAUCCUUCCUUUGUCAGGGGAAGCUUAAGACACAGUAUAGCAAAAGCAGGGAUACUAUUAUAUCUACUUAUAUCGUCUUGUAUUUUAUAUAACACGAGAAUUACUCUGUCAUUUUUAUUUUACAACACAGCCCACCAUAAAAGCACACUUAUUCUAAUUGGUAUUACUGGUAUUGAUUUUCAGGUUCAAAUCACAAAAAUACAUGUGAAGAAAAAUAUGUGAUACUGAUGUAGCAAUGCCUUUGAAAAUAUCACCUUAAAGUAUGGACAACCACAGGUGAAAGCUUUGCACAAAGCAUUUGGAACUUACUGCUGUUGCUGUUUAUGAUGAUGUAUGUAGCAAACUACAGUAGAGGUUAUCUGUAGAAGUACACCCUCGGUAUGAACUGUAUAAGAACAACUAAAUGCUCUGACUAGUACACAAUUACUUUUGUCAAAAGAGUACAUGUAGGGCUUUGAGGUAUUACAUUAUACCAAAAACUACAUCAUUGCACUUUUCCUAAUCAGUCUUUAAAGCUGAAUAUUUACAAUACUACUAUCCGAGACAUUAUGUCAUGACAAUGUAGCCUACUUUUAGUUUUAUUACUGAAUCUGUAUGGUGAAUGACAUUCAGCAGAACAAGAGGUUUCAAAUUACAGCAGCAGAUAUACAUGUAACUACCUUCUGUCACGUCUGGAAAACCUUAGUGUUCAUCUUCAAUAUAAGAAAUGUUACUUGUGUAGAUAUCACUGUAUUUGUCGACUAAUAAAUAAACAAGAGAAAUGACAGAAUUCACCAAUUAU